CAGCAGCUGCGCAGCAGACGGUUACCAACCAGAAGCUAUUCUAGUCAGCGGCGUUAACUUAGGAAAAAGUGAGCGGUCUUCAUACUUCUAUGAUUCCCGGCCGCCGCUAAGUUGACAAACUCACCGAGUGGUCCAGGCUGUUGCGGGGAUAAUUUAGCCAUUGGUAGAGUUAGUUUCCAUUACAUAUAGAUACAUCGAGAGACGAAGGGCGAUACGAAAGCGGAAGGUUGAUAUACUAGGAUUGGUCCCGUUGUGGCUUUCAAGUUAGCCAUGUUAGCUUGAUAGCUUGUCACCGCUCCUGUCAUGACUGGAGUUUUUUCGAGAUAUCGUUGCAUAACCAGGGAGAAGCUAGGUUUCGGAGUCCCCAUCGUCCCUUGCUAAUGUCAUAGCUUCGGAGGACACGCUGUCUUUAGAUUUAGAUUAGCCAGUUCGUGGGGAUAUCUUUAUUUUGGUGACGGGACUGCUUCGGUAAGGCUGGACCCGAACCCUACUAGCCGAGUGUAGCCAUAGCGAGCUGAGAUGGUUAUAGUGCCAAGCUGUAGUUAAUGUCACAUCUGUGUUGGACGAUCUACGGAGCGGUUACAUCGUCAUCUUGCCCAGCCCUGGUACUGUCGUCUGUUUCCCCGAGAUAUUGCUAGUCCGUCGAGACUCGCCUAAAAUGUUGACCGAAAACAGGAAGCGUCGCCGUGGUUCUGACAGCGAGGAGGGCCAACAGCUGAACCCCAACGCCAAGAGGUCAGGAGGGGGACAUGACCUGAUAGUCUCGGACCUGGGGAGAGACGUCUGGGAUUCAGAGUCAUCCAGCAGCGACAGCAGCGGUGGGGUCAGUAGUCCAGAGAGGGGUACCUUAGCCGGCACCAGUCUAUGCACGCGCGGCCCGAGCUCCCUCAGCCCCCAGCCCGAGGAUUCUGCCAGCGCCUCACUGCAGGGUUUCCAUGGCAACGGCAGCGGCAGUAGCAGCAGCACCGGCGUUGCUGGUGUCUCCUACCACCACAUCAACAGACUACUGAGGGAGGCUCACUUCAGCAGCAUGCAGAUCAGAGCUCUGCCGGACUCUACGUGACGGCGGUGACGUCCCGCCCUCUGACCCCGCGCUCUCCCCACCUUACUGUUCCUGGCCCAUCAGAACCUGACCUGGCUGGUCCCGCCUUGCAACCAGCAAUCAUAGGGCAAGCAGAGAGAGUGCGUGUUUAUGUGUGUGUGUGUGUGUGUGUUUGGAUGGUGGGCCCGGGGGGCGGGGGGGGAGAUCAUAUGGAAUACCUGCCUUUUCCAUAGCCCAUCCACUGUAGUUCUGUGUGUGGUGUCAGUAUGUAUGUACCGUAUGUAUGUACUUCAGGCACUUUAGGAAGAGGGCAACAUUCUCUUUUACAUGCAAGUGUUGUUGUCGUGCAAACAUUUCAUUGGUGCUAAUUGAAAAGAUGACGAUGAGAGGUGUGUGUGAUCAAAGUGCUACACAAAGCGAAACACUUUAUCCAGUCUUUCUUCUUGUUUACUCAAGACGCGAGUCGUCCAGUGUUUUCCAUGUGCAGCAAGUUUACAAGGUCCAUGCAUCCGACUCACCUCACACCGACUGGUAACGGAAGGCCAACUCAAAAUCAGCUUUUGCUCUUUGUAAGGAAAACCCCCCCAUCGAGUUCUGAACUCUUUGUGUGUGUAUUUGUGGAUAGAUAACCAAAGUGAUUAAAAGUAAUAUUUGAAAGGAGCGUGGUUUGGUGCGGCUUGAUGGUAACGGAGAAGAUUGGUCGCCACUGAGACGCUGCUUCACAUAAGACCCUGGCUAUUUAUAGGCUCCUUGGAGUGAAUUCCUGUAGGUGAGACACUGCCAGGGAGAUGCACAAGAGAACUUGGUGCUCCAUACAACUCUUCAGUUCCGUUUGUAAAGUUAUGUUUUUUUUUCUUUAUGCACAUAUGUAUGUACAAGGUUAAAAAAAUUAAACAAAGCAGUUAAUUGAAAGUUUGUUUUACCUACUGCUCCAUGGCCUGUGUGGUAUGACCAAGACACUGUGUUCAUUAAGUUAAAUCAGGAUUUAUGUCUGUUCAUUUUUAUGCUUUGUUCCUUUUUCCAUAUUCAAAUGCUCAAUCAAAAUGAAUUCAAAUUUUGAAAGUUUGACCCAAUAAAAGCCAAGUGUGUGUGGGUGAGUACACUGAA